AUGGAUUGUCCUUUAAACAUCGUACUAUUGCUACUGCAAAUCAUUUUACAGCGCCAGCAAGCGCUCAGUCAUCGGGAUAAGUCACUCAACUUGGAAGAGUUGUUAAAGGAGCCUAUCAUCGACAAUGAAAUCCUUACAGAAUUCAAGACACACAAGCUGGUCCAAUUGUACGGCCCCCAGUACUACCGCGACAUAUCCCUAAGAGGUCUCAAGACAAUGGUAACGGAUAUCUUCGCAAACGGAAUCCAGGAAACAGCCCAACCAUCAGAUACAGACGAGCCAAUAACUGUGGUCUCGCUAGCCAACCACUACUAUGCGCAAAGGAUUGAUGAACUACAGGGAAGAGAACUGCCUCAACUAAAAGAGCAGUUGCUCAAUAAGCUGGAGCACAUGACCUAG